AUGUCUGAGGAGAAAAAUAAAAAAUCAAUAGACAUGGAAGCCCCCGAGUUCAAAGAUUUCGCCAGAGAGAUGGUUGAAUAUAUUGCGAACUACUUGGAAAACAUUCGCGACAGUUUUACUUUUCCUAUUAACCUUGUUGAAAUAUUCCCUAUAAAUUGGCUGACUUUAAUGACAUUCUAUUUUCAACCUUUAAUUACAAUUUGCACUGAAACAACUAAGACAACAGUUUGA